CGGUCUGUGCCCAGUUAUCAUGUGAGGUGGCAAGGGACAGGGUCAGGGAGCAAGGGAGGGAAACAACAGGAAAGCCUCUGGGUGGUGGAAGACACGAAACCCCAUGAGCCUAGUGGGCUUUGCCCUGGUCUGUGACAGCAAAAGAGGGAGCAGCAGGUCACCUUAGAAGACAUGAGGUGACUAGGUGUCAGUUUAGCUCAACUGCCCAGAAGGCAGUGGCUCUGGAGAUGGUCCCGAGGGUGUGGCAGCCUUGGGGGUCGCAGUGGCAGGUACUCUGGAGUUUCCUGUGUGAUGAAAUAAUGGGUGACACCAGUGGCACUUUGGGAUGUCUCUUCUGGUGAGGAGGGCCAUGGAGGCCCAGGCUGUCACACUGCCCAGCAGGCCCACUUCCGCUCAGGAUUGGUGGGCCCUGCCUCUGCCGGGAGAUGGUUUCAGGAGCUGAGAAGUAUGUUGGUGCCGGCAAUCGCUUUAGAAGGGAAUGUAGUUCCAUGUGGCUAGAAGCCCUGGGCUCUGCCAGCAUAUCAUUCCAAGCUUUUCUCUCCCCCAGCCUGUUUAUUCCUCAGUGCUUCUAGCUUCUGAGCUCCUGCAGAUGGGAGACUGGGGAGGAGGAAAAGAGUGGUCCAUUGAAUGGUGGGUCCCACCCCAAGCACAGGCCCUGACAACUCAUUUCCUCUUCACAGAUUCAGGAAGUGAGUGCUAGUUUUACCCCUUCACUGUUGAAGAAACACUUCAGGAAGAGCCAAGAUUUGAAUGCAGGCAUUCCAAAUUUUACCCAGAAGGCAUCUCCUCUGUCCCUCUGAGCUCAGGGUCAGGUGGCAGUAUGGUGUGAUCUGGUAGGAAUAUAAGGACAACCACCCCUGAGGGAAGCUGAGGUGUCAUUGCCCUGAGCUUACCUGGACAGUGUACAUAGAGAUGUGGCACCAUGCCCCUGGCCCUGUGUUCCUGUGGACAGGGCAGGGGGUGGCAGGCAGUUAUCCUCCUGGGCCUUGGGUGACACUACAGCUGGUGAGAGUCCAACAGCCACGGGGAUCAGGGAGAGUGAAGGUCCAGGCCAGCUCUCAGGUUGGGAACCCUGACCUCUGUAGGGCAGCUCUUGUCAGGGCCCCCGACUGUACAGCUGUAUUUCUGAGGACUCCUAAUUUUUCUGAGUUAUCCUGUUCCUACAGGUAAGUGGAGAAGGGGCUGGAAGGAAAGUGUUGGGAUGCGCACAUGGAGUCCUGAACCUGGAGGCUGGCCAGGUGACCGCAGGCUGGGACUCCAAGAGGCUGUGGCCUGGGAGAGGCGGAAACUGGAAGAGGAGAGGAGAAAGUGACUUGAGAGAUUUAACAGCUCCAGACUUAAUCUGGAGAACCUGGCUGACUUGAAACUUCAAAGAUGGUAAGAAAGAUUCUGGAAGCACACAGUUCCCCGCAGGGCCUCAGAGCCCGUGGUGAAGGAGCAGCCCCAGGCCCAGCCACAGCCUGUGUUCCUGGAGGUGUUCCUGCAGGCAGCUGCUGAGAACCAGGAGGCCCUGACUGACAAGUACCAGGCAGGCAGAGGAGACCCCAGUGCCCGUGACAAGCUCCACCAAACAGCCUUGCACUCCUGUGUGAAGGGUCACAGCCAGCCUGUGAGCAAGUUGAUGGAAACAGGUGCGACUGAGGAUGCCCGGGACUUGCUGGACAAGAUGCCUGUGUUCUGGGCCUGCCGUGGAGGACACCUGGACAUCCUCAAACAACUGCUUAACCAGGGUACCCAGGUCAAUGCCCAGGACAAGACUGGGAGCAGGCCCCUGCACGUGGUGGUAUGCACAGAGCACCGUGACCACCUGGAGCUCCUCAUUGCGUGUGGAACCUGCGUCAAUGCACAGGACAAGGAAGGGGACACAGCUCUCCAUGAGGCCGUGCCACAUGGCCACCACAGAGCCACAAAGGCACUGCUGCUCUAUGGGGCUGACGUGGGUCCUCACCUCCAGGCUUCAAUGACUGCAGUGCGGCUGGCAUGAGACUGGCAGCGGGGCAUCCAGGAGGCAUCCUCGAACCCGGUGCUGACAAACCUGCAGGGCCACUCGGCAACCUUUCACCCCUUCACCCCUACCCUCAUGCCCACUCUGGCCACUGUGCCCCUCUGGUUCUCCCCUCUCCCCAAUUCCAGGGCUGCCAUCAGCACUGAGGAGCAGCACCAAGCUCGGCAGGUAGGUAAGAGGACUUCCUGGCUUCAAGUCUCAGGGCUGAGUGUCCCCCACCAGGGCUUGGGCUAGGACCACAGGUAAGCAGGGAAUGAAGUGGGGUUAGGCAGGGCCAGCAGGGGAGGGAGUCCAGGGUGGUGCAAAGUUAGUGGUCCUAUAUCUCUAGCUACCAAGGUGAGUGCUGGACUUCUCAUGUCUACUGAUUCUUAGGAGUGUCUACCGAGUCCAGGAGACUGAUGAAGCCCCCACCAUCCACAAGGGCCAGUUUCCUGUUGGUGAUGCGCACAUGGCCAGCAGCUGCCAUUCGGGCCAUACAGAGGCCAGGCACUUCUGCAGGUGGCCGGGGCUGUGAACACAGGUUUCUCCAGGGACUCCAUCCCUAACAGCAGCCACCCUGGUAGCGUCUGGAGUGGCUCUAACAGCUCUGCUCUCAGGGACUCUGGAGUUGGGUCUGCAGGGGGUGUGCUCAGCAGGUCUGAGGGCCUACUGUAACAGAAAUCCAGGACCAACCUGGUUGUCUCAGAAGCCCUAAGAUUGAGGAGCUGGAGCUAGUAUUUUAGGGAAACCUUGCGCCCACUAUUCCUUCAGGCUGGCCUGCUGCUCUCUGGUUGGCCAGUGGGUGGCUCACCCUGUAGGAGUGAAGCAACUGGGAGCUGGGAUUGCUGUGGCCCACCCAACCUCAGGGGCGUAGGCCAACGCCUGCUUUGCCUCAGGCACUAACAGCACCCUAGUCCUGGAGCUGGAGCUCUUGUCUGGACUCUGCAACUAUGCUUGUUCCACGACAGAGGCAGGACAUGAGGUGCUCAGGAACUAUAGGAACGUCUAACUGGCAGGGGACGUAGGACCCGACCUCAGAGGUGCUCUCCUGCAGGCUCCUCCCUUUCACUGUCUUUUACGUUCCACGUCACACUGUGUAGACCUAUACUACUAGUGGGGCUGGGUCCUUGCCUGCCAGAAAGUGAACCUUAACUCUGCCCUAAGUUGAGGACCAUGGCUGAGGGAGGGGCUUAGCCUCCCUCACACACAUAAAAUACCUGGGUUGACAUCCAUUUUGCAGCAGUUAUUUCAGUCUGAGUAGCCCUCUUGGCCCCAAACAAGGCUAUUCUUACUAUGAGAAAGCUGAUCAGAACGACACAUGCCUUCCCUUCACAUCCAUGUGGGGAUGAGCCCAGUGUUCACCCAGAUGCCAGGGCCACCGGAGAAACAGAUAUUCAGUUCAUGAAGAAGACUUGAUUCCCCAUCUAGAAAAUGGGGACACCUAAGUGACAAAGCACCUUUUCAUACAUGUCAGUAUUUUCAUUCAUUAAAAUUGAUUAUCCAUCACAACCCAGUCAUCUGUCUGGGCUGGGAGGGGCCAGUUGAUUAGGCCCAGGGCCUUGUUUUCCUCAGCAGAGAAGUUCAAGCCUGUUAACCAUGCCAGCCCAACAGCAAGACAGACCCCAAGUACAGACAGGCAGUCAGACACUUGGCACCUCUGCUUGCUGAUGGGCAGGUUCAAAGAGCAGUGGCUCUCAACCUUGACUGCUUAUAAAAUCAUGAGGGAUGGUUUCCAAAGUCCUAAUGUCAAGGCUGAUUAAGUCAGAAUUCCUGGACAGUGGGGCCCAGGUAUCAGCACUGUCAUGCAGAUACCACCUUGGCAAUGCAGAAGUCCUAAGGAAUCUACAACCCACCACCUAGAAUAAGGGAGUUCACAGUAAGAUCUCAGGAUGUUAAGAUACACAGAAACCUACUUCUACAUAUCAGUAGUGACUAUGUGAACAUCAAAAUUAAAGAACAGUACCAUUUGCAAUUGCUUUCAAAAACUACUUAGGUGUUAAAUCGAACAGAACUUGGAAAGACUUGUGUGCUGAUAACUACAAAACCCUGAUGAAAGAAAUCAAGAUUUAAAUAAAUGGAGACAUACUGUGUUCAUGGAUUGGAAGAUGCAACAUAGAAAAGAUGUCAAUUCUCCCCAUACUUAAUGCAGUACCUAGCAAAAUCCUAGCAAGAGUUUUUGUAGAUGUGAUUAUUUUUUAAUUUAUAGCUAAAACAAUUUUGAAAGAAUAAAAUGUGAAGAAUCAGUCUACCCAAUUUCAAGACUUCUUAUGGCAAGAUAGCAGGGUAUUGAUGGAAGGACAAGCAUACAGAUCAAUGGAACAGAAUAGAGAGCCUAGAAAUAGACACAAAUAUGGCCAACUGAUUUUUUGGCAAAGGUACAGAAGAAAUUCAAUUGAGGAAAAACAGCCUUUUUAACGAAUGGUGCUAGAACAACUGGACAUCUGUAGAACUUUGACCUAAGUCUUACACCCUAUACAAAAAUUAAUUCGAAAUGGAUCACAGUCUUAAAUAUAAUCAUAAAACUACAAAAUUUUAGAAAAAAUAUAGGAGGCAAUCUUCAGGACCUAGGACUAAGCAAAGAAUUUUAGACAUGACACCAAAAGCAUAACCCCUAAGAGAGAAAAAUCAGUUAAAAAUAAACAUCAAGAAAUUCAGAUGGCCAACAGACACAUGAAAAGAUGCUCCACAUCGCUUGUCAUAAGAGAAAUGCAAAUUAAAACCACAAUGAGAUACCACCUCACACCAGUAAGGAUCGCCACCAUCCAAAAGACAAACAACAAAUGUUGGCAAGGUUGUGGAGAAAGGGGAACCCUCCUACACUGCUGGUAGGAAUGUAAAUUAGUUCAACCAUUGUGGAAAGCAGUAUGGAGGUUCCUCAAAAAGCUCAAGACAGAAAUACCAUUUGACCCAGGAAUUCCACUUCUAGGAAUUUACCCUAAGAAUGCAGCAGCCCAGUUUGGAAAAGACAGAUGCACCCCUAUGUUUAUCAUAGCACUAUUUACAAUAGCCAAGAAAUGGAAUCAACCUAAGUGUCCAUCAGUAGAUGAAUGGAUAAAGAAGAUGUGGUACAUACACACAAUGGAAUAUUAUUCAGCCAUAAGAAGAAAACAAAUCCUACCAUUUGCAACAACACGGAUGGAGCUAGAGGGUAUUAUGCUUAGUGAAAUAAGCCAGGUGGAGAAAGACAAGUACCAAAUGAUUUCACUCAUAUGUGGAGUAAAAGAGCAAAGAAAAAACUGAAGGAACAAAAUAGCAGCAGAAUCACAGAACCCAAGAAUGGACUAACAGUUACCAAAGGGAAAGGGAC